UGGACCAGCACAGGGAAUGGUGGUCGGCCCGAGUGGAGCCGCGCCAGCUGGUGCUAGUACCGGGACGUUGCUACCAGGAUCUUCUACGUCAAUGGAUCUGGAUUCAGAAGUGCCUCCCUUUCCCUCUACCGCUUCGAGCGCUUUCGCGGACGCGGCGGAGAGUGUUACCUCUACGGGUUCUACUUCCAGUACGCCUUUCACUACCGCAAGGUCGUCCAGCAUGGGAACCAUUCCCAAUGCCGCGAAUGAGUUGUCCUCGUUGAUUCCGGAACAGGGCUCACUCGUGUUUCUCCCUCCACAAUUGCAGCAGCAGGAACAACUUCUACAACAGCGAACAGAAACGACCCAGCAAGAAGUACACCAAGACGAAAACGGGCCAACAGCGUUCAGCGUGAGCCAAACCUCUUCUACACACAGCACCAACCGCCUCCUAGCUGCGACUUCUUCCACCUCCACCUCCUCCUCCUGGCAGGGGUUCACGGUUUCCGAAGCGCUCCUGCUCGGUGCCAUCCUUUCCGCGACCGACCCCGUCGCGGUCAUUGGCGCUUUGCACAACCUUCACGCGCCCGCGAAAUUGACUUUACUGAUCUCCGGCGAAGCGCUGCUAAACGACGGGUCGGGGGUGCUGCUGUUUCUGGUCUUCCUCGACCUCGCAAAGGGGUUGAAACCGUUUUCCUUCACGGAUGUCACGUUUCAGUUUGCGUAUUUGGCGUUCGGCGGCAUUUUUGUCGGAAUCAUUUCUUUCUGCAUCACGCUGUUUCUGCUCCGGAAUGUGACGAAAAACGCGGGGAACAUCAACAACAAUAAGGAGUCGUCCUACCAGGUCGGGCUGUUUAUCGUGAUUGUCGGCGCCUACGGGACCUUUUUCGUCGCGGACCACCACGACAUCGAGGUGUCGGCCGUUCUCGCCAUCGUUACCUUCGGCUUCGCAAUGUCCGCCACGGGGCAGUACAGCAUCGCGGGCGAGCACGCGCACUCGCACCACACCGUGAUCGCGUUUCUCGCGUUGGUGUCCAACGAGUUGAUCUUCGUCCUCGCCGGCGUGGUGGGGUACCGCUACAGUUUCCAGGCCAAUUUGCUCCCCCGAGACUGGAUCGAACUGAUCGUGCUGUACUUUUUGGUGCACCUGACGAGAGCCAUUGUCGUGGCGGUCUUGUACCCGUUUUUGAAAAGGUCCGGAUACGGCAUGACCAUGAAGGAGUGCAUCAUUCUCGUGUACAGCGGUUUACGCGGUGCGGUUGGGUUGGCGAUGGCGAUUUUGGUCGAAUCCGACACUAUGGCGUUCUCAAUUGUUACAUUCUCAACUGUUACAUGAUUUGUCAUGCAAAAUUGCCUUCAGAAUCGACACCAUCAAGCUGCUUCGCAUGACAAAUUCCCAGAGGGCCAAGCAGGCUCAUAAUCGGCGCCAAAUCUGUCAUGCAAGACGCGCACGAUCCCUCCUCUCACUUUUGCUAUUCUCGCAUCGCAAAUUCAUGUAACAGUUGAGAAUGAAACGUUUGAGAAUCCCAUAGACACGAGUUCGACCGUGUUGCCGUUAGAGACGCGGUAUCGAAUGUAAAAGUGUCUGGGUCUGGAAGAAUGCAACUUGUCAUGCUAAAUCUGAAGCAUGCAAAAAUCUGUGUUGCAUGAUUACCAUAAGUCGUCCAGUUUUGACCAAGCCGCGAGGGAGUUUCUCAUGCAGGAUAGGCAUGAAAGAGAUCGCGCAGAAUCUGUCAUGCUAGGUCCUGCAUUCCAGACCUCAUGGGUCAUGGAAAAGCUGCAUGACGAGUUCGCAUCCUUCCAGACCCAGACAUUUUUACAUUUGGUACGCGGGCGCGGAUCGCGUUUCACGUCUCGGGGAUCGCACUCUUGACGAUCUUCAUCAACGGCACGACGAUCACGCUAUCAAAUGCAAAAACGUCCCCACCCCAUAGCUCUCAUGCAAUUCUGCAUGCUCAAGAUGUUUCUCAUGCGGAGCCCUAUGCCAAGCGUUUUCUGGUCGUGUUUUGGAAUUUGUAAUGCUUCAAUCAGUAUAAUAGGCCAGAUCUUCUGUGAUGCUGCUGAACAAUUUAAACAGAAUCACACUACGAGGCCAAACUUGUCAUGCGCAACAACCAAAGCUGGCUGAUUUGUCUAGCAGCUUUCCCAUCUUGACUAUGUCUAUGGGGUGGGGGUGUUUUUUCUCAGGAUAAACGCCGCUGUAUCACUACCUCUCCGUCUACGACUCCGCGAAGCACCACUCUUUACUGCUCCACCGCGCGCUGUGCCAGGCGGAGAUUUUGUCCAAGGCGCAACAGUAUCCUGUGCAAAAUAAGUAUCGUACUCGUAAUGCAGUCAUGCAUUACAAAUCUUUUCCUCAAGGUAAAUCAGCAUUACAAAUUUCAUGUCUCAUUCUGAGAAAAUUUGUAAUGCAUUUGUAAGAGUAUGAUACUUUUGCACAGAAUAAACAGAAACAGAUGCAGAAGCACUGGUUCUUCCACAACUGCAACUUCGAGAUCCUGGACUUGUUGAUCCCGCAGUUACACCGGAUUUUCAAAUCUUCAGACGACGCGAUCGCGAGGAAUUUAACCGCGGACAACAAGUCCCAGAUCACCGACAAACGGGUCCAGCGAUUGAUGAUGCAGCUGGCCUCGAUGCUGAACGUGGAGAAAGAGUCGCGGUACCGUGCGAAGAUCGAGUUUGCGUCCGAAUUCUCGUUAUCAAAUGUAAAAAUGUCUGGGUCUGGAAGAAUGCAUGUUUGUCAUGCUUGUCUGGCAUGACUCUUAAAUCUGUCAUGCACGUUACCCAAGAGCUCCAUUUUUCUGUGAUGCAAGAACGCAGUUUGUCAUGCAGAAUAGGCAACACCUAGAAGCUCAGAAACUUGUCAUGCUGAGCCAGCAUUUGUGGCCUCAUCAUGAGACGCCACCCAGCAUCACAAGUUUCCAGACCCAGACAUUUUUACAGUUGAUUCUCGUCGGUUCGCGGGUUAUCGUUGUGUACGCAACGCGAGAUGCUUAUGGAAGCGUCAGGUUUGAAAUCGUCAAACUUGAAAUAAUUUGUAAUGCAUAAAAUGCGAUACAAAAAGUGACUCUAUUGCAGAGGACCCAAGGGAGGCAGAUUAUAGUCCUGGUAAGGGUCAAAAGUUGGACUGCUAACUAGCAUGACAGAAGGCAGCUCUUUUGCCCUAAACCGCAUGACAGACUCGCUUCCAGGACCGGGAAAAUUUGCCAUGCACCGACUACAAACUGUAGGUCUAACUGGUAUCCGUUUUAUGCAUGACAAACUAUUUCAACUUUGACGAUUUCAAAGGUGACACAUCCAUAAUGCUGAAUGCGAGCGACUUACGGAACCAUUUAUACCCUGCUGGGACCAGUGGGACCACGACGUCGCAUUCCAAUUCUGCCGGGGCGAUUGCGCAGCAACAGAUCAUGACCACGACCAUGUCGCAGAGAAAGAGGAAGAAAGUGAAAACAUCCUCCGACUUGUCCAGCAGCGGCGCCGAGGAGGAUCAUGUACUAGAUCUUGACGCAGCUGCCAGGAACACGACGAUGUUGUUGAAGCGAAACUCGAACACGUCGAGUGGGCACGACUACGCAGGUCGUGGGCGACGCGGUUCAACAAGUUCGUGUGCCAGUGUGGUGGUGGAGGGGGUGCCGUUAAAGAAGCAGAAUUAUACAACCAUGGGCACUUCUGCACCUGGACCUGGAGCUGCCGCUGUUGCUGUUCAAGGAGUUGCCAUGAUUCAUCCAAAGAGCAAGAAGUUGCACCGGCCCGGAAUUCCGCGGAAAUCUUCCUGCCAGAACUCUUCCUCCGCCUUCUCCGCCAGCAAGACGCCGUUACUUUGUUGGUCCGGGAAAAAGAAAAACUUCGAGUUCCCGCUGAAAUCCAAUGCGAGCGUGUUGCAGGGAUUGCGGUCGAACAAAACGCAAGAAUUCCUGGCGACUGGUGGGGCAAUCGGGAAGGCAAGUUCAUCUUCUAGUACUUCGCAGCUUUAUUUGACGGGUUUGGAUGAAAUAGAUUCCCGGCCGCCCGCCACUUCGCAGCAGUUAUUAUCUGAACUCCGCUCGGGAAGCAGGAGUUAUUUCGAAGAGGAUGGUGACACGACGAGCCGGAAGAUGUUGAACAAGCACCAAGCUGUGGACGUCGAGAUGGCGGCGUUUUGUCAACAUGCGGGAAGAUCUACCGCAUCAAUUAGAGAACACGGACCGCCGAAGCGCGUAAACAGCAACGAGAAUGUCAAUGAAACCGACACGGUGAAUCUUCACGUCGAAAGCAGUGAGAACGAUCAGGAUCAUCCUGACGAGCUGUUUGGAAAGCGGAUCAGUAAUUUAAUCGACCACGAAGACCUGCCUUUAGACACCGUCAUCGCCUCUCUCCCGUCGAACGAGCCCCGGACGCUGCGCAGCCUGAUUCGCUUCUUUAACAAAGCGAUCAAGAACCAACGCGUCACGAAGCACACGGAAAAACUGAAAAGCAACGAAGGUCCUGGUGGAACUGAUUUUGGAGCCAGCUCGAAGAUUGAUCUCGUGAAUGGCUCGGUGUUGGAUGUAGGCGGCGUUGGGAUGAACAAUAACGGGCAUAACGUAAACGUUGGCGCCUGUGCCAAUAUCAAUAAACGAAACAGCACUAGCUCCCAGUUGGAGGAUCAUCUGAUUGCGAAUGAAGAGAUGCUACGGCGCAGUUACGACGAAUCAGAGACCGACCAAGACGCAGACAUCACGCCGGCCGCGCACAGGCAGUCUGUGGACGAAAAUGUCGGUUGUGGUGGAGCUGUUGAAGAAACUGCGACAUUAAAUAGCGGAGCUGCUGUGGCGGACGUUUUUGCAAAUGACAAAACUACGUCAACUACAACCAGGACGAAGACUGCGAAGAACAGCAUCAUCUGUAAAACUGGCCGGAAUUCAGCGGAGCUCGUGGAGCAGGACGAAAUACAUGGUCAUCAAGAGAGUUCCUCCGACCUGAUGAAUAAGAACUCCAUGUUCGAAGACCACCCCGAACUCGCGGUUUCGCCCAGCAUGACGAUGACCACUGCCGCCCUCCUGCAGCCAAAAUCCAUCCUCCAGAACAGCACCCGCGGCCGCGCGUCCUCGAACAUCGACAACCGCGGGGAGGCGCGGAAGAGCGUAAGGAUCUCCAUUAUCGACAACGAAUCGCCGCUUCCGGUAGGUGGAGGGGGGGAAGAGGAGGUGGACGGUGGGGCAUUCGGAACUACUAUGAAAUCAUCUACCCGUGGUAUGUUUCCCACCAGAGGAGGUGGUCCGCGGGACAGUACGAGUGAAAUGAGCGAGGAGUUGCUGCAAAAUAAGAAGGCUUCCACUUCGUCGCUUUUAGUUCUGGAUGAAUUCCGGCGGUCUAUCAGCCAAGACAAAGCUGCUCGGGCGGGAGGUGCGGGACAUCAACAGCAAGUAGAACAACAGCGAAGGAGGAAUUCGGCAGGGGUACUGCUUCCAUUAUCUACAACUUCGGGGUUCAACGGAACAGGUCCGCAAGCAGCUCAUGCAGUUGACACAAGCAACAUCGCAGGUGGUACAAUCAUCAACGACACAAACCUGCGCACGCCGCACCGGCCACCGUCUCUACCCAGACACCGCUCCUGCGAACAGGAUCGCAUUGGCCGCGGGAGCGGUCGUCUUCGUGGAGCAGCAGGUUGUGGAGAUGGAUCUUCGCCCGACGGGCUGCAAAAAUCUGGCAACAACUCUGAUGAAGAUGACAACACCUUCCUCGCGUCCGGCAGCAAAAGCUGCAACAGUAAUUAUGCGCCCAACAGUUCCAAUCCGCACAACAUGUCCAACACGAUUUCCAUGCUGAACGUGCGGCAGGCGAUCACGGCGGACAUUGAAACCGCUGCGGAGCUGUACCAAACCAUCCUCGACGCGUCUUUCGCGGGGUACAGCGAACUGUACUAUCAAAUGCAAAUAUGUCUGGGUCUGGAAACUUGUAAUGCUGUGUUGGGAAUAGUGAAUGCUCUGCAAUGCCCAGCCAAGCAUGAGAAAUAUCUGCGCUUCGUUGUGUUGCGUUUUUCGCAUGACAAUGCAUAACAGACGAAAGGGUGUCUUCUUGGAAAUGCAUCACAAACUUUUUGGUCAUCCCAGACAAGCAUGACAAAUCUCGCAAUCUUCCCGACCCAGACACUUUUGCAUUUGAUAUGUACGAGUUGCAAGUGAUUUCCGAGUUGACGUAUCGUGCCUUGAUGGAGGCUACCAAAUGUAAAAAUGUCUGGGUCUGGAAACUUGUGAUGCUGGGUGGCGUCUCAUGAUGAGGCUACAGAUGCUGGCUCAGCAUGACAAGUUUCUGAGCUCCUAGGCGUUGCCUAUUCUGCAUGACAAAGUGCGCUUCUGCAUCACAGAAAAGCGGAGCUCUUGGGUAACGUGCAUGACAGAUUUAAGGGUCAUGCCAGACAAGCAUGACAAACAUGAAUUCUUCCAGACCCAGACAUUUUUACAUGUGAUAGAGGCCUUCGAAUACGCACAAGAGGCGGUCCAGGGGGAGCUGCAAGAGUACUGCUUUCUGACGAACGGACACUUUCCGGAACUCCACCUCCAGCCCCACCGAGUGCAGUGCGAGGCCAGUUUGGAAGUCUUCUGGGACUGCUUACUCCACUGCUUGAGUUCCGGCGUCGGCCUGCGGUGGAAAUUCAGCAAUUGGCUCCACGGCGACAGCGGGAGCAGCCUCUGUCUGGCGGAAAGCACGAGUCUCAAUGAUCUGCAGGGAGCAGGAGCUGGUGGUGGUCGUGCUACGACUAAAGAGCUCAUGGAAGGAGCAGACGAUAGCAAUGCUCAAUCGAAAAACAAACAGCAGCUCCAGAAGGAGAAGAAAGCGAAACAAGCAAAAGCUUCUUCCCAGAAAAAUCAUAAUCAGCAGCGCAGGUGGUUCAAACCUUCGGAAUCUAGCCUGCUCCGCACGAAGUGGGACAUUUCCAAGCGGCAUUUUGAGGCGAUUUUCGCGUUCAUCAUCGUGAACGAAACUCUGAUCGAGGAACUGCCCGUGUUCGAUGAUUUUCCGCACAUCAAAAACACGGUGAACCACUUACUGGAAGCUGCCAUGGCGGAGAAGCUGUACCAGCUGCACAAACAGUCGCCCGAGAUGUUCAUCAUGUUGGAACACAUCUUGGCCGCCCGACUGCUCUUGAUCAAUAAGAGCACCAUGCUGCAGCACCUGACCAAGGAGGGGGUUUUGAAGCAGGCGGACGUGGAGCACAUCCUGGAUUCCGUGAUGGAGCCGUCUUUUGUCAAGUUGACCACCUACAAUCCAGACGGGCAGGUCAUCGAAAUCAUGCGCCAAAUCUCCAACCCGGGAAUCGGCUUUUCGUUUUGAUAAAAUGUGUUUCCGUUUUUCGAUAGUUUUGUAGUUUCAUCACGAUUUCUUGCAAUUGGAACUGGAGCCGGACUUCACCAGCGUUGCGGCGGCUCAGUGGAAAAGUCUGAGGACGUCACUAGUAUUUCGUGCUUUCUUUCACAAAUGACAACUUUCCUUGGCUUUAGAUUUUUUCAAAGGCGACGUAUUUCUGAAUUUACUUUUACUUAAAAUCUUCCGACCACGACCACGUACGUAGUUGAUGCGGCACUACACAUUUUUGUACUGCGGCUUGAAUUGAAUUUCAAUGCUCAAAAAUCUCGGACAAGUUCUUGGCUUGGGGGUGGAGCAAAAAUUUUCCAAACGAAGUUCUUCUACUUGUAAAAGUUUUUCAACGUCAUCAAGCAGAAGUGUGCUUGGUGCCAAAAAAAGUUUUCGCGUGCCGGCGUGGGCUUGUAAUUUGUUGAGUUCCGUCUCCGCCCGUGUGCGUGUGCUGCAGUGUUUUUUCUACAGGUCUUUGCAGCGCGGCAGCGGAAACAUCUGUUGCCGAGGAUGGUACAGGUACUAAACUCACUUCGUAGUUGUUAUCUUCUAUGUAUGUCG